AUGGCGAAAGAUAGAUACUUGAGUGAAUCGGAGCAAAAAGUUGCUCUAGAACUGAAGAAAACCGGUAUGAGCAAUCGUGAAAUAGCAAGGAGAAUAAAAAGAUCCGAAACAGUGAUUCGAAAUUUGCUGAAGAAAGGUGAAAAAUACGUUGUAAAGAAGAAAACCAAGGGAAAUACCAAAAUCAGCAAUCGUGAACGAAACCAAAUUCUGGAGCUGGCUCGAACUGGAAGGUACAAUGCAACCGAAAUUAAGCAGGAACUUAGACUCCCAAUUACCAACAAGCGAAUUGCGCAGAUACUGCGAGGUUCUGGACAAUUGAAGUACACCAAAAAGGCCAAGAAACCGAAUUUGUCUCAAGCUCAAUUCAGGCGAGAUUGGAUUUCGCCAAAAAGUACAUGA